GUGGGGACGCUCAGAAGUGACUUCUGAAUAGGUCGUGCUCCCCAGUGAUGCUUUCCAAUGUGGAUUUGCAUGCUAAACAAUCCUUGGACUUGUGUCAUCAAAAAAGAGUGGUGGUCUUGGUGUCAGAGAAUAAUGUUGUGAUGUGCUUUUGAUGAUUCAGAACUUUGGUGAAGAUUGCCUUUGGCUGGACAGUUCUAGUCAUUUAGAAAGUAGAACCACUGGUGAGGAGUGAGAACGUGACAAUGAAACAGCUUCAAAAGAAGAGGAAGCGUAAUGUAGAUUCAAAGGACCAUCUGACUCAGGAGAGAGGCAAGGAGCAAGCUAAAGACAACAAGAAACGGAAGAAUGGCAUGCCCACUUCCUGCCGUGGGUUAAAGAAUGAAGAAGAGGAGGAAGAAAAGAAUUCCAUGAAAUUCACCAACAUGUCAAAAGAACAAGGACAACUGGAACAUGGGAAGGCUCUGAGUUACAUAAUUCCUUAUGAUGAAUCCGAAAGAACUGCAUUAAAUUUAGCUGCUGAACGGGAGACGUGGUCUUGGGAUCAAUACUUAAAGGAACAGAAUGCUGUAGCAGCCCCUGCUCAACUCUUUUCUAGGGAUCAGUCCUUUCCUGAGCAUGAAAAUGGUUUUCAAAUUGGAAUGAGAUUAGAAGGCAUUGACCCCCAGGAUCCAUCUAAAUUCUUUGUGCUUUCUGUAGCUGAGGUAUGUGGUUAUCGCCUAAGACUUCACUUUGACGGCUAUUUAAGCUGCUAUGAUUUUUGGACCAAUGCAGGUUCCCCUGAUAUUCACCCAGUGGGGUGGUGUGAAAAGACCAAACGUGAAUUGCACGUCCCUAAGGGUUACAAAAAGGACAAGGUUACUUGUACGGACAACUUGAAGACCUCUAAAUUACAGAAUGCUCCCAAGAAACUGUUCCUAAGCAGAAGUGUGAUUGAAACUCCAGCAGAAGAACUUCGGGUAGGAAUGAAGCUUGAAGCGGUUGACAGGAAGAACCCUUCCUUGGUGUGUGUGGCCACCAUCGCAGAUAUUGUUGGAGAUCGCCUGCUUGUUCACUUUGACAACUGGGAUGACAGCUACGAUUAUUGGUGUGAUAUUCAUAGUCCUUUUAUUCAACCAAUUGGAUGGUGUCAGAAAAAUGCAAGAACUCUGAUAGCACCCCAAGGUCAUCCUGAUCCAGAAAAUUUUUCUUGGGCAGACUACUUGGAAACUACUCAAUCUUCUGCAGUUCCAGUCAAAGCUUUUAACAUGCGAAAGCCUCAUGGAUUCCUAGUGAAUAUGAAACUUGAAGCAGUGGAUAAGCGUAAUCCCAGUUUAAUUCGUGUUGCCUCUGUCAUAGAUGUAGAAGACCAAAGAAUAAAGGUCCACUUUGAUGGCUGGAGCCAUAAAUAUGACUAUUGGAUGGAUGUUGACAGCCCUGACAUCCACCCAAUAGGAUGGUGCAAUAUGACAGGUCACCCCCUAGAGGUGCCAUAUCGAGAAAAAGAUGAGAAAACUGCUGCAGGCCAGGCUGUUUGUCCCACUCCAGGUUGCCGAGGAGUAGGUCAUAUCAGAGGUCCAAGCUACAUGGGACAUCACAGUGCUUAUGGCUGCCCAUAUUCAGACAUAAACUUGAAAAAGGAGGCAGUGCUUCAUCAUUGUUUGGGAAGAGAAACACAGGCAAAUUUCGUGGCCGACUCUUCACAUUCAAAAUUGAAAGGUCUUUGUAGUGUGAACUUCAAUGGAAAACAUGAAAAGUUCAACAGUAAACUCAGACUUGUACAGCAGGCAAAGUGUCUGAAAAUCAAAGGAAAAGAAGAUAUUGACUUGGAUAAUUUGUUCAGAGAAUACUCUACUGAAAAUACACAACUGGCCCUCCACCAGUCAGUUUUCCUGUCUGCCAUGUCAAGCCACCCCUCCCGAGACCUUCCACUGUGCAGGGAACAGCACUGCAAGCUUCUUCCAGGCGUGGCUGAUAUCCAGGCAAGUGAAGUAGCCAGUUGGACUGUUGAUGAGAAUAGAAGUCAUUUGAGAAAGCAGUUCUGGGAUGGCUGGAUGAAGAAAAAUGACUUCUGUGCUUCCUCAGCAGUGAAAGUGAUGGAGCAGAAUCUUGUAACAGUGGCAAAUUUUGUGCAAAGCCUUCCAGGCUGUGAAGAUCAUUCCAGAUACUUCAAGAAAGAGCAGAUUGAUGGCAAAGCCUUCCUGCUUCUGACCCAGACAGAUAUAGUCAAAGUGAUGCGUAUUAAACUUGGCCCAGCGUUGAAGAUUUAUAAUUCCAUCCUGAUGUUCAGGAAUGCCCAGGACCUCGGAGAAACAGAUUCUGCCUCCAGCAAAGUCAUCAGGGAAUAGAUGCACCAUCCUCUCCUGGACACCUUGAACUUAGAUUAUUCAAGCAAUAAAAUCUGGAAUACAUUAAUUUGAUUUUUCAUGUUUUACCUGGUCAUGUCCAUACUGAAAAAUGUUCUGAGUUUUAUACAUUGAAAAGAUUUUGGUGACGACGUGCCAGAAUUGAAAAAGUUUUAGGCACGUUCAAACGUCCCUCAGCAUUGUUAUUCUUUGGCAAAGUCUUGUCACGUCAGACAGACCAAAGAUGUCCACACAUACAUUCAUUUUUAUUCUUUCCCUAUAUUCCAUUAAAGAAGCCAUUUCCCAUCUCCCAGGCAUAAAAAAAAACCCUCAAGUGGUGAAAUAUUAGAAAAACAGUGUUCAUAAAUACACUGUUAAUGUUUUCACCAGAACAUCCAAGCUUGGCUCAGAUUUGCCAUCUGGACUGUAAUGAGUCUGCAAGAGAUACACGGAGGGAAGAGACAAAGACCUGGUGCUUUAAAAAGAUGUCUUGUGAGAUUUUUGUGUACUUUACUCAGGAAAGUGUGAAUGCUUUUAAAAAAAAAAGCACAUGUUUUCAUGAUUCAUUAAUUCUCUCUUUUUUCUAAGUGACCAUUUCUUGGUUGUUCACUAAAGACUUCUUGGGACCUUUAAAGGGGGAUGUGAUGAUGUGAUAGCACAAAAAUCAGGCCUAUGCAGUUUAAAAUGAAGCACUCAUCUGCCUAGCUCUGACAAUCAUCCAGUCCCCUAGUAUUUUAAAUGGUAUAGCAUUGAGAUUUGUUUAUUACACUGCUUUUGGCUGACAAUCUGCCUUUAUAGAUGAGCUGUGUUAUGUCAGGCUUCUGCUCUGUAUAACUGAUCACAUUCAGGGGACUGGCUUGUCCUGUUGUGUAUGUAAUCUGUGCAAUCAAAAGCUGUGUUAUAAUGGACGAUGAGCCUAUUGUAUUUUUUAAAGCUAGAGAUAUGUCAUCGUAAAAGAAUGAUCAGAAGGAGGAGACUUGAAAAGAAUUGUCUCCCACUUUCAAAUGUUUUGUAAGCUAAUGUUUACCUAGAAGUAAUUAUACCUGAAACCAGAAUCCUAUGAGAUCCUCCAUAAUUGGCACUUCUUUUCGGAUGGGCCCAUGCACAAGGAAAUGGCAAAUGCGCUCACAUUAUUAAUUCCACCAUGUUUGCAGAAGGGGAAUGACAUAGAAAUCAGGGGAAAAAAUAAUAAAGUUCUACUAUCACCCCCUCUACUUGCAACUAGCUAUUACGGUUUUCUAAUAUCGUAUCUAUUUGGAUAGAAGUGUCAACAACACCAGUUACUUGAGGAAAAACAUCAUCUCUAAAGCAUAUGCAUUUGUUAUGUUUCCUUGGGGUCUUUGAUUUAGAUAGAAUUUUAAUAUAUUAUUGGUUAAUGUAAAUUUCCAUUUCUGUGAUUUUACCAAAUCUUUCUAUGGAUAAAUGAAACCCCUGCUUUUACUCUAUUGAUAUUUUAAUAUAUUUUAAAUGCUAAUAAAGAUUGAUAUACAUGAGAUA